AUGGAACGAUCAAAGACGGUGGUGAAAAUAGUUGAAGUGUGCAAGGUGGCUCCUCCGCCUACUACUGCAGCCUCUGACCAAGACAGCUCUUCCUCUCCAAACUCUCUCCCUCUUACUUUCUUCGACAUACCCUGGCUAAGGUUUCCACCUGUUCAACGCCUUUUUUUCUACGAGUUCUCAAACUUAGAUGAUCAUGCAAACAAAAAUACGACGUCGUUUUUCCACUCAGACAUUCUUCCAAAGCUCAAACACUCCUUAUCUCUCACCCUCCAACACUUCCUUCCCCUUGCCGGGAACCUCACUUGGCCUGAAUCCUCUUACAAACCCAUCUUUGUUUACGUUGAAGGCGACGAAGCCGUUUCGCUAACUGUGGCCGAGACCGACGCCGAUUUCUACCGUCUCUCUGGCACAAAUGAAUUUUUAGAAGCCACUGAAUACCAUCCCCUUAUCCCCAACUUGUCAGUUUCCCACGAACGAGCCGCGGCCUUGGCCUUGCAAAUCACAUUCUUUCCAAACUGCGGGUUUUCUAUUGGAAUGACCAUGCACCAUGCGGCCCUCGACGGCAAAUCAGUUCAGUUGUUUGUCAAAUCAUGGGCUCGCAUGUGCCGAUCACGUGGUGAGUACUACUGCUCUUCGGAUCAGUUAAAACCAUUGUAUGACAGAACCGUUAUUAAGGACCCCACAGGGCUUGAUGCCAUCUUCGCAAAGCAGCUGCGAGAUUUAGACAAUGGACCUGACAAUAGAAGCUUAAUUCCUUGGAGUUUUAAACAAGUUCCGUCCGGUUCAGUUCGGGGCACCUUCCAUUUGACACAUGCGAACAUCGAAAAUCUGAAGCAAUAUUUGGUGAAGACGAACGAACAACAUCAUUUGUCUACGUUUUGUGUUACAUGCGCCUAUAUUUGGGUUUGUUUAAAUAAGGCAGAAGAAACAUACCAUGGCAGCCAAAUGAGUGCUCUUGGCUUCGCCGUGGAUUCUAGGUCUCACUUAGUGGAUCCUGUCCCCGAAACCUACUUUGGAAAUUGUCAUGUGGGCAAGGUUGUUUUUGCAGACGCAAAACGGCUGGUGGGAAAAGAGGGCUUAGCCGUGGCUGUAAAAGUCAUCGGUGGAUCUAUAAGUAGUUUGGAGAUUAAGGGCUCAGUUUUGAAUGGGGCAGAAAAUUUGGUUUCAAGCUUUAUAGAGUCGUUUUCACGAAGCGAAUCUGAUGAAGGUAAGGCUAGACCAAUAAUAUACUACAUUGCUGGUUCGCCUGGGUUUGAGGUUUAUAGUAGUGACUUUGGGUGGGGAAGGCCGAGAAAGACAGAUGUCGUUUCCAUUGAUAGAACAAGAGCGGUGAGUCUUUCGGAGACUAGAAAUGGAGAUGGAGUUGAAGCUGAGUUGGUUUUGAAAACACAGCAUAUGGAGGCUUUUGCUUCGUUCUUUGCUAAAGGUCUGGAAUCUAUAUCUUCCAACUCAUCAUGA